AUACCCCUGGCUUAAACUAAACUAUUGUAACCUACACACUGUGAAAAAGCUGAAGGUUAAUCCUUGACCUUUCAUCAAAUUAGCCACCUCUCUGAGGGGUUUCAGUUUCCAUAGAUCUGUGGAUGAUAAGGUCAGACAAAGCUCCUUGGUUUGAGAGGGUGAAUUCCUUCAGCUUCUGCAAGCCUACUUUCUUCAAGUCAUAGGUUGUUGUACGUGGCUGUUGUAUAAAUUGCUUUGCAUCUAACAACUUGUAAUACUUUUUAGGCUUUUUUUCACCAUUUUAUUUUGAAGUUAUAGUACAUUUUAAUCACAGCAUUAAGGAAGGCUGAGGCACUAGAUUUUGUUUUCAGUGAGCUGCCGUUGGAAUAUCUUUAGAGACCUACAGGGGAAUUCAUUAAGUGUUGGAAGAACCACUGCCGAGAGCACAAAGUGCCAUUCAUCGUCCAGAUACCUGAGACACUUGGCAAAUCAAAACCUGCGCCUUUGAUUUCAUGAGAGUGGUAAAGGUCUAAACUGAAACAACGUUUGUCUCAUCAGUGACAUUCAGCUGAAAUAAUUCCAACGUUGAAAGAUGACAGAAACAGGCCAUUAUAGUCAUGCCUGAGAUAAAGUUUUAUUCUUCUUCUUUUUGUGUGCACCUGCCAUACCAAGCUUUCUGGUGUGUCGUUCAUUUGCUUUUGUCAACACACACACACACACACACACACACACACACACACACACAGCCCCAAAAGCCAGUUGGACAUAUCCAGUUUCAUGUAAAAACAGAGUUUGUUGUUCACUGAUGGCAUUGGACACUGAAACAAAACAGUAUGUCUGUUGUCAUGCCUCUCUGCGUGUCAUGCCUCUCUGCGUAUCUCCCACUUACCUUGCUGCAUUUUAUUAAGGAGGUUGAAUAAGUGGGCUGUCCAGGUUGGUCCUGCUACCUCAGCAGGUGGGACGGGCUACUGAGCCACUCUGGAUCUCCCAUCCUGUAACAAAGACCUGCACAGCUGAAUCAAAGCACAGUGUCCACACGCAGAGCCAGAGGAUGGUUUUUCUAACAACCAAAAUAAUGCAAAGGACUGCUCUCUUUGUGACGUUCGGGGGUUUAGUCACUUCUCUGAUUACCACCUUCCUUCCCCUGUGGAAGACGAUGAACUCUGACCUGAACGAGGUGGAGAACUGGUACUCCGGGCUCUGGCACACCUGUCUCUACACAGAGGAGGUGGGAAUUCAGUGUAAGGCCUACGAGUCCGGCCUGGGACUCCCGAUGGACCUGCAGAUCUCCAGGGUGCUCAUGUCAGUGUCCAUAGGAACUGGAGGCCUAGCUGUGUUGGCUGCUUUCCCAGGUCUGCAAGGGGUUGAGGUGUGUGUCGGACAGCCUGGUCGAAAGAGAGGGCUCCUCAUCCUCGGCGGGGUGCUGUCCUGGGUGUCGGGCCUCACCACGCUGGCUCCUGUCUCUUAUGUGGCCUACACGACAGUGGUGGAAUUCUGGGACGAGGGAUUUCCUGAUGUCAUGCCACGCUGGGAGUACGGGGAGGCAAUGUUCUCUGGAUGGUUUGGGGGUUUUGCUCUGGUCAUUGGAGGGACCCUGUUCUUAGUAGCUGUGUGCAUGGGAGACCACGACCAGCGGCCGCCGAGUGCCCAGAACAGAAGGCGGGUGAAGCACAGGACUCAGCACUACUUGAAGACAGAGGUUUUAUAGAUGUUAUUUUUCAGAUGCUUGCUGUCUGCACUGUCAUGCACUUCAUCUGGACGCCUGUCAGCCUGUGCAUUUGACUGAUGAGAUCGAGACAUUGAUUGUGAACUCUUUCGAAAGCUCUGACAAGAAAAGCAUUUCAGACGGGAGUAACGGCUGUAUUAAUGAUGCAACUGUGAUGAGAAUUGAAAAGUUUUCACAAACUAUUAAAGUAAUGUGAAAUAA